AUGUCCAUUGCAGAGGCUGCCAAGCCUCAGGUCAUGGACUUCGCUGAGGAGGAGUUCCGGAUGUUGCUUUGGUCGCUGCCACGCUGUGCGCUGGACAGCGCCCUCACCUUGCUGGAGCACGCGGAGGCGGCGGGGAGAACGUUGACGGCGCAGUGCUUGAGCGCGUUGCUGGCCGAGGCGGAGCAGCGGCAGCUGGCAAAGCUGGAGGACCAAGGGGGAAGAGAGCGAUCGAUAGAGCUCAUGGGGAUGUGUUCGCAUUGGGCCAGCUUGAAAGCUCAUAGCCACAUUCUUUCUGAAGCGACCAAGAGGUGGCCCCGAAGCGCAUGCAUCUUGCUCUUGCUCUUGCAUCUUGCAUCUGCAUUGGCGCCUACUGCUCCACCGCUCUUUCAAGGAGCACCACUCCACCAUGACGGACGUGAGCGCUUACACGACACGGUCAAAAUGGUCGGCUCUCAAGUCGUGUUCUCGGAGACGCGCAGAGAAAAGGAUCCCGUCAACACACGCGGACGGGGCGCCGACCCCGCAUGA